GGAUGUGGCACUACAGCUGCCGCAUGCGGAUGCGGAUGUGGAUGUGGAUGUGGCACCACAACUGCCGCAUGCGGAUGCGGCGCAUGUGGUUGCGGGGCCAGCUAUGCUUGCACCGGUCAAAUGUUUUGUGCCAUGCACCUUACGAAGAAUACCAGCAGCAAUGUUCCAGUGAGUUUGUCCCAGUGCAACUUGUACUCCUCCUCCACCGGCCAGAGCGUACCGAAGAUCAGCAUCGACCAGAAGCAGGACCUCAAGGACUAUUCCCUGACCUUCGAGAACGGGCGCAUGAAGGCCUCAGCGAAGCGCAGCUUCAACACCGGCGAUUCCACGGAUUAUGUGCUCCAGAUGGACAAGGCCUACUACAUCCUCUUGGUGGUUGGAAGCGGCACCAGUCCCCCCAUCCAAGUGGGCUACCAUGGUGCCUCCAGCAGCAGCACCUUGAUUUGCGUCAGCACUCUCUCGGAGAAAGGUGAGUGCAAGCCGCCUGCCGAAUGGGACGAUGAAGCCCCACAAAUGCAAAUCGUCUCCUCGUCUUCCUUCGCAAUGCAAAGCCCAUUUUGGGCUUUGCUUCUUGCAAGCCUGAUGGCUGUGAAUUAGCCACAGUUGCAUUCACCAAGGCGCCAAUUGAUUUGAAGAGCAAUGUCUCUUGCAAGAGACCAUCACAAGAGGUAUUGACUUCAAUCAUUCACAUUCUAUCUUUGCUCAUGGUGCCUUCCAGGCCACAAUCUUAGUCUUAUAUCGGCGUUCCUUGGCCUUUGCUUGCUUGGUUCCUGGCUGUGUCCCUCUGCAGCUUUCAAGCAGAGGGUUCGCGAACGAACAGGCUUCGACGGCACAAUCGCGGGUGAAGCUUCGACGGUUCGAGCGAGCUGAACCGACAACGCGAGGAAGCCGAAGAAACGCCACGGUGAGAUCUCGCGAAGUUUUGCAGGAAACCAUGACACAGCGUGGGCCACUUACAGUUUGGGGAGAGGCACAGAUGAUGGCCGGUUUUCGCUAUCCUGGUCAACCUCUUGUGUUCAAAAAGAAGACCUUAACCAUGUGGGUUCGUGUUUUCGUGGAAAUCAUGUGGCAAAGAUGGGAGAAGUAACAAAUCGAUGUUCAUGUUCCAUCGCUUUGAGCCCAGCGUUACAGGCCUGGCCGCACCCCAAAACGUCCUUUGCUCGCUUUCUGUUUUAUCGGGAUGUCGUGAAGCGAUUCGACCCAAGAUGUCAAAGAUGACCUGUGCGC